AAACUUCAGUUUUGUAGGCAAGCUCUUGAGAAUACUUUCUCUGUUUGUUUCAGCACUGUUGUGUUUUCUCUUUGUGCUUAAAUGUUUUUCUCAUUUCGUUCAUCAACAUUUCAUAUACCUGUUCAGUGCAAGAUAAAGGGAAUGAUCAAGCCCUGCUUCUUUUCACUUCCAAGAUAUUUCCCCCUCCUCUCUGCCUUUUUUCCUUUUCUUUUGCAGCAUUGUUAGUACCUGUGACAUGGUACAGCAAACUCAACUGUGCAUGCCCAAGGUGCAGUUUCAUAGGGCAAUCACUUCUGUGCUGAAGCAUUAAAUUACUCUGAAGCUACUCUUGCUGGUACUGGAUCUGCACAUGGUCACUAUUCAUGCAGUGAGUGAAUUAGUAAACAAGAAGCAUGGUGGAAGUACUUCCUAACAACAGGAAAGCAGGAAUCUGUGGCAGACCUGCCCUCUGUUGAAAAUUGUGGAAAGGUGUCUGGCACUUUUAUUCAGUGCACUUUUAUCAAGACAUGGGGCCAAUGAAAUAUAAGUCAAGCAUGUCCUCAGUGUCCUGUGGUCUGCAGUAUCACCAUUCCUUGAUAAAGUGGAGUCCAAAAAUGAAUGUGCACAUAGUGCGGACUUACUGCUCCUCAGCACCUAAGAGGCCUGAAGCCAAGUCUGCAGUAGAAGUGGCCACAGCUCUUUUUCAUCGUCUGACAGAAGCUGGGACUGUUCUGGGAAAAAACUCCCUUCAGAAAAUGUCUGCAACGUGCAAGAGCUGGUGGGACAGAUACGAAGAGUUUGUUGGAAUCAAUGAAGUUCGAGAGGCUCAGGGAAAAGUGACAGAGGCUGAAAAUGUCUUCAUGGUAGCUCGAGGGAUUGUACGAGAGGCUCGUGAAAGCGUGGAAGCCCAGCAGAUUAAACUGAAGGAAAUUCGGGACCGCCUAGACAGAGUCUCUCGAGAUGACACCCAGUAUUUAGAACUGGCUACGCUGGAGCAUAGAUUGCUGCAGGAGGAGAAGAGGUACCGAGCUGCAUACUUAAAUGCAGAAGAAUCUGAGAGAGAAAAAUUUGCUCUCUUCUCUGCAGCUGUAAGGGAAAGCCAUGAAAAAGAGCGAACAAGAGCUGAAAAAACAAAGAACUGGUCUAUUAUUGGUUCUGUCCUGGGAGCCAUUAUAGGUGUUCUUGGUUCCACCUACGUUAAUCGAGUAAGGCUGCAAGAGUUGAAAGUCUUGGUGCUUGAAGCACAGAAGGGCCCAAUAAAUUUGCAAGAAGCCAUCAAGGAACAGGCCUCCAGCUAUUACUCACAGCAGAAGGAUCUCGGUGAUGUCAUAGCAGACCUGAAAAAUGUGCUCCAAACAAGGACAUCACAGGAAAUAAAAGGUGGCACUUUGUUAACUAGAGAAGAGAAGAGUAACUCCAUGAAAAUAGAUUCUCUUCUGAUUCCUUUGAACGAGCAGCUGAACUACACUAAACAAGUUAGUUCGUGUCUCGGAAGUUUACAGCAGCAGUUGAGCGGUCUUCAGGAGAGCAUAGUGCAAGUUAUUGGCGAAGUGCAGGCUGUUAAAGCUGCAGUCCGUUCUAGACCCAUGGAAAGGGUGACCCCAAAGUCAUCAGCAGAGGGUAAGAGCCAGGCCUCUGCCAUGAGGGAUGUCAUUUUAGAAUUGUGUGAUACCGAGCAGAGACUGGAAACACAAAUCAAGAGAAAUUCUAUUUACAGCACUGCAGUGACAUGUGCUGUGUUUGCUGUUACUCUGCCAGUACUCUACGUGAUCCUUAAAGGAAACUGAGCUCUAACCAAUUGCCACGCUUGACUAGAUUAAUAAAAGUAAACUUGCACUCCGAGUGCUUGGAGUACAAGUCCAAAUGAAGU